GGAGACUCGUCGAGUCAUCUAUUUGACGGCAGAAAAGCUUCUUUUAGCUGCUGGCGAUGUUUAAUGUCCGGAGCUCGAUCGAUGCUUGUCGUCUCCAAUGUCUGCAACCAUCAGCCCCGACGCCUCAGGCUCAGAUAAAGUGAGAGAAAAGGAGGGGACAGGGAUGGAGGCAGUGAAAGAAGGGGGUGUUCUUGCAAGCUCAGGACCUGAGCCCUCAGAAACUGAUGUGAAAGCUAGGGUUGAUGCUAUGUGGGAGCAAAUGAACAAAGGGACCUCUAAGCAGAUACUCCAAUCCGUUUGCAGAAAGCCCAGUUCAACCGUGAAUAACAAUAAGCGCAAGAUGUCCACCAAUUGGAUGAAUUAUCUAGGCUUGGCUCCUAAGAAGGCAGAAUCAUUGUCACAAGAGAAACCCCAGGAAAGGCCUAAUCUAGUCCAGAAUGGAAGUAAUGAUGAGGCUAAGAAGCUUGCCGCCGCUGCUCUCUCAGCAGUGAGGGAGGCAGCAGCAGCUGCUGCUUCAGGGAGGGGUAAAGUUGAGAUCACUGAAAUUCGGGACUUUGCCGGUCAAGAUAUAGAAGUAAAGAAGCUUGUGGAUGCUGAUUCAAGAGAGGCAUCCGACAAGGCCAAGGCUGCUGCACCUUCUGCUGUUGAUGCUGUUCUUGAACAAAUAAAGAAGAAACCGAAGCUGAGCGUGCUUGACAAAACGAAGAAGGACUGGGGAGAGUUUAAAGGAGAGAAUCAGGGAAUGGAAGAUGAGCUUGAUGCCUACAAGAAAAGCUCGAAUCAGUACCUAGACAGAGUUUCCUUCUUGCAACGAGCAGACUAUCGUGAGUUCGAGAGGGAAAGAGAUGCGCGCCUAGCCAUGCAUGCCAGGAGGAAGCCAGAUAUGCGGGAUGAGCCAUGAAAAUGGAACAUAGUUGACCAUACAUGCUGGCGCAUCUUGUGGAGGGGUGUGGCCACUGCUCCAGAAGUGUGAAAUUCGCUGAAAGGGGACAUGAAGGCCAGCCAUAAGUGAAGUUGUUAUGAGGAGAGGUUUUGAAGAGCAGUCUCUCUUUGAAGAGCAGUCUCUCUUCUCCUUAAGAAACUAGUUUAUUGUGGGAGAUUUUUGGUCAAUUCUCAGUUUCACCGUUCCUCUUUUCAUCUGUGGGGGAAUGAAUUAGGGAAGAGCCCGUUUUCUGGUUAAUGGGGGAACAUUGCUUCGUGGUGAUGAAUUUAACGGAUGAAUCUCCAGUGUCACAUUGUUUGAUGUAAUGUUCAUGAUGCUAGUAGAGCAGGACACAUAACCAAUGCCAAUGGUCAUGGGUAAUUGUUUCCAAUUCCAAAGAUCUGUAUUAGCUUUU